AUGAAUAAAAUUAAACUCUCCUUUAGAAGCUAAUAGAAGCAAAGUCAAUUUUUUAUAGAUUAACUUCCUAUGCUAAUUUUUUUUUAUGAAAGAGUCUGUAUAUUUGGAUCAAUUAGUGCAGUAAUUAUAUUUUGUUUAGAAUUCACUUAUCCAAUAGGAUUUGGCAAUAGUAAAUAUCUUAUUAUAUGUUUGCCAUUAAUCUUUUUCAUUUCCUUUAAAGUAAUCAAUAAGUACCCUAAAUUAUUUAACUACAUUUUACCUUUGAACAAUCUUUUAAUUGGUUUACUCUACAAUAUCAACCUUCUAUUUAAUUUCAUUCCUGACUUAAAUUUGAUGAUAGGAUAAACAGUUGUUUUAGUCUAGUUCAGCUUACUUUUGGGUUCGAAUUUUGUUCUAAAUAUGACUAUUAUAAUAUUUAACUUUUCCACUUUAAUUUUGGUAUAAACAAUAGUGUAGAAAUCUUUUAAUGGAAAUCAAGUGAUGUUCAUAUUAGGUAAUAAAGUAUGAUAUAUUUAAGCUCUUAUUUUGUCCUGUUUAUCAUAUUAUUCUAAUGAAUAUUAGAAAAGAGAGUUUUUCUUAUUAAAAUAAAGAGAUGAUGUACAAUAUGGCAGCUUAAUUGAACAAUUUAGUAUAUAAUUAAUGAAAGUUAAAUAUGAUAGAAGAACAAAUUUUCUCAAAUUAGAAACUUAAAAUCAUCCAUCAUCUGGAUUCUAUUUCUCCACUUAAGAAGAAUUUAGAUAAUUUAUUAGAUAGAUUCAAAUUUUCAAAUAAUAAAGACAUAGUAUGAUUUAAUCAAAAGUCUCAUCUUCAAGAAUAAAACAUGAUUUUAUGUAGUAGAAUUCUCAAAUUAGAUAUACUCGAUUAUCAAUUCCAAAUUUGGAGAGUACAGAAACACUUGAAUAAUUACUAUAUAAAUCAUUUACAACUUAAAAAACAGAAAAUUUUGAUUUUAUAUAAGGUUAUGACACAAUAGGAAAAUGUGAUUAUAAAAUAAAAAUCUUAUAUAUAAUAGAAAAAGGGGAAGCAAAAGCAAUAGUAUUACUUUAAUAGAAUGAAGUAAAAAGAUAAUUAAUUAAAGUUAAAUAAUAAAGAGAUUAUCUAAAAAGGGUUAUAUAAUAAUUUUAAUCAUUAUUUGAAAUUCGAAUAAAAUAAUUAAGCUCACUUAUAAAUCCUAAAAAAUGUCUAUCACAUUUACUUUUAUAAUCAGAAAUAUCAUUUCGUUUAAUCUAAUUCAUCUCAGAAUAUUUUUCUAUUUGUCUAAAUAAAAACGAUUUUCCAAAAUUGAAAAUAUCUACAAUAAAUAUACAAAAUCUAUUAUAAUAAAUAGAAAAUCCUAUUAGAGAUUAUUUAGAUUUAAAAUAAAUCAAAUUUACAUAUUAAACAGAUCAAAAUUUAAUUAUAAUUAAUGAUGCUUAUUUAAUAACACAUUUAAUACUAAGUCUAUUAUGUUUUCUAAUACAUAAAUCUCCAAUUUAAAUUCAUUUAUACAUAAAUUAAAGUCAUUUAUCAAAAACUUAAAUAGCAAAUGUUGAUGAAAUUAUAAUUACAAUAAGUGCUUAAUUUAAAGGAACUCCAAAAAGAGUAUUUGAAAUUGAUUGUUUUAAUUAAAUGAUUAAAAAAGUAAUCAAAAUUAUUGGUCCUAGUGAAUAAUUAAUAAAUGAAUAUGAUACCAAUUAGUUUGGAUAAGAAAUAAAAUAUGAAUGUGUAAUCUUUAAGAAUAUAAAAUCUUUUAAAGACAUUUUUUCAAAACUCUGA